AUGGCUGAGACGUUUACGGGACUUAAACUGAAGGGAGAACUUGGUAGGUUUGGUAAGACAGAGAUUUGCGAUGUCCUAGGAGUGUAUCCGAUGCCCGAUGAAAAGAUCCAAUUUAUGCUGAGCCCGGCUGGUGACGAAGUGACAACAAUUUCACGCGACGGUUGCGUACGGGCGUGGUACUGGGACACCGUGGAGCAAGCAGACCCACCGGAAGAUGAUCCUUACGUUGAACUUAACCCUGUCGCUGAGACUUGUGAUGCUCACGGUGGGAUUUGGACGGUAGACCUAGAAAUAGACAAGAUAGAGUGCAACCAUCGUAAAGUCGCAACUUGUCACGCCGGAAGCGUAGUAGGAAUGGCCGCUCUACGCCUGCAUCCAAUACUUAUCACUGUUGGAGAAGACGGGGCUUUAUUAGCAUACAAUACGGAUAAUCAAGCGCUGCUUGCCAGAUAUCAAUUCCCAAGUGCUGCGACAUGCCUCCUAUACCCGCCACACGAUGUAGACCCUACAGCACAAAUAAUCAUUGUCGGAUACGGGGACGGUGUAAUGCGGACGCUUUUGAUACAUCCACAAGGACUGAUGUCAGCAACUUCGUUUUUGGACGUGCGCAUACAUUCCGAAGUGACGAUACACAGCGAGAACUCUGUUAAUGUCGACACCGUAGAUCUCAUUUCGUUACUCAAGCCUCAUUCGAAAUCACUAACACAGAUAACUAUUAACACUCAACACACGUUGCUAGUUACCAUGCGACAUCGGCCAUUCCCACAAGAGGAAGACCUUGCGAGUCUUGACGAAGAAGCUCUCAAAGCGAAAGAGGACGCAGAAAAAGAUAAGGAUGAGGAAGAAGAAGAAUGGAUAGGUGAAAUCCAACUGAUUGAGAGUGAAAGUAUGCUGGGCACAACCAUUACGUGGGCUGCAUACUGUGAAGAGGGAGUAUGGGUAAUACAGCGAGACACAGGCGCCUUGUUACUAGUGAAACCGGGUCAAAACAAAGUACUCAAAUAUGGCCCUUUCCCUGACGCUUGGUGUGAAGACAUUACAGUAUUAAAGUUCAUAUGUGAUGGUCGGUAUCUUAUCUUUGGUACAAAUACCGGUUACAUUCGAGUAGUACGAAUGCCAACAGGAGAAGAAGAUUCGGUGGAACAUCAUUUUAUGACUUGGAAGUUGGCCCAGCAGAAGCUUUUAAAGAAGCUGAAGGGCAGACGUCUUGCCAAAGAAGAGACUCAACCAACGCCGCGUCUUGACUUCACCGAUUACUAUUAUCUCCCGAUGCACGAUAACUACACUGGCGCCAUUACUUGCAUUGAAAUCAGCUCGGAUGGAAGUCGCAUGUUCACAUGUGGAAGGGAUGGGAACAUUUUCUCCUACUUUAUCAACUUUCCUGAACCACUGAUUCCGGAAUUGGUGCCGCCAAAACGAUUAGAACUUCCGAGAGUGGAAAAACUGAAAGAACCUAGCACCGUCGAUGGAGAAUUGAUGUCCCACGAGCAGCUUAAACAAAAAGAAGAGUACGACAAAAUGAUGGCUAUAGCCAAUGCACACAAAAAACAUGUCCGGGAACAACUCGCCGAGCUCACUGUCGAAUACAAUAAAAUCAUAAAAGCAAAUCGCGCCCUGCCAUACUCUCAACAAAUUGACUUGACACUAGAUCCUCGCCCUAUAGCCGAACAAGAAAAACUGCUUGACGAAGCUAAGGCAUUGACAAAAAGAAAACUGGCUCACCAGUUAGAAGCUUCGGAUUUGGGCUACCAGAAAAUGUACUCUAGGAACAUAAUACAACUCGAUGUGUUCCCUUUCACAUUGAAAGCAAUCAGGGAUCCCCAUGUUAUGAUAAGACCGCUGCGGCAAAAAAAUCUUUCACAAGCCUUCUACGAUCAAUUCGAUGAAGUUCAUCAGAAAAUGGCUGAAGCAGCUUUACGUGGAAGACGCGCGGAAUCCGUUACUCGUCGAACGAUGGCGAAAAAAUCAUCAUGGGGACCACCCAGAGUGGCCUCUUUCUUGCUUGGCUUGCCGCCUCGACCGUCGCAUACACUUAAAAAGGCCUGGCAAGAGCAUUUGUCACGCAAACCAGACCCAAACGCAAUGCCGCCAGGAGCGGCGGAGGCUCUGAAAGAGGCCGAAGCAACCAUCGGCAACCGCCUCCUAAAAACCCAACCGGACUAUGUCGCACCACCGGGUCAUAAUACACAACUCAGAAUAUGUAUGACAAGAAAAGAGAUACACGACAUAAAACGUGAAUUCAAUGAAAAAGUUCUUGAUUUACGCCAACAUAAACUACGUCUCGUCGAUCGUAUGAAGAGUAUUGGUGAACGCCUUACGGAAAUUCGGGCCGAAAUCCCUCACAAUAAGAUUAAACAACCACCCCCAGUGCCAACAAUCGACGAUGAUCUGGAGUUUCCAGAAAAAAAUUUAGAGAUAAAACCAGAGGUGAUACAGACUGGUACCAAAUUGCCUUCGAAUGUAGCUAAAAAAGUACAGGAACGCAAAAAAUCCUUGACACAUCCACAACAGAGGGUGCGUCAACCAAGAGUUCCGCGAUUCGUGCCGAUAACAGAGAGCCGCCCGCUAGCGGCCUCGUGGGACUUGUUGAAAGCGAAACCAGACCAAGAAUCAUCAGCGAUAGAAGUCGAUAUUAGAGAAAGACGCAUUACAAGACACUUAUACGAGCAAGACAUGCUGCUUGCUGACGCUGCUAUGUCUAUACAGCAAUUUGAUUCUCGCCUAGGACAACUACAAAGAGAACGGAUACGUGUUCAGGCA